UGCUUGAGUUGAGGGGGGACGGCGGGCGCUCUUAUUUGACGUAAUUUCCUGUGAAUCUCUCGCAAAGGCGGGCUUGGCGGAACCUCCGCGGCUCAAUAUUUUGGGUUUUGUCAGGUGAAUCCGGCGUCAAUCGGAGCCAUCAGAACCGCAAACAUGACGGUGGGCAAGAGUAGCAAGAUGCUGCAGCACAUCGACUUCCGCAUGAGGUGCAUCCUGCAGGACGGCCGAAUCUUCAUCGGGACCUUCAAAGCCUUCGACAAACACAUGAACCUUAUCCUGUGCGACUGCGACGAGUUUCGCAAGAUCAAGCCCAAGAACACCAAGCAGCCCGAACGAGAGGAGAAGAGAGUCCUGGGUUUGGUCCUGCUUAGAGGGGAGAACCUGGUCUCCAUGACAGUAGAGGGCCCGCCGCCUAAAGAUACGGGCAUCGCUCGCGUCCCUCUGGCGGGUGUGGCUGGAGGUCCUGGUGUGGGUCGGGCGGCAGGCCGCGGUGUCCCGGCCGGCGCUCCCAUGCCCCAGGCCCCUGCUGGCCUGGCGGGUCCCGUCCGGGGAGUGGGCGGUCCUUCACAACAGGUGAUGACACCACAGGGUCGGGGCACAGUGGCCGCUGCCGCCGCGGGGGCCAGCAUCGCUGGGGCUCCCACGCAAUACCCACCAGGACGAGGUGCCCCGCCGCCCAUGGGAAGAGGGGCUCCACCUCCGGGCAUGAUGGGCCCGCCCCCAGGCAUGCGCCCACCAAUGGGUCCACCAAUGGGCAUGCCCCCGGGCAGAGGCGCUCCCAUGGGCAUGCCCCCUCCUGGCAUGCGGCCGCCACCGCCUGGCAUGAGAGGACCGCCACCUCCCGGCCUGAGACCGCCCCCUCGUCCUUGAAGGGCACGCACUGUAUAAAUGUUCUUUUCCUACUUUUUUUGUUUCUUAAGGAGAUUUUUUAAGUGGAUGUUUGCUUCAUGGUGUGCUGAUUGUUACGAUGGUAACCAGUUCAAUAAAGAUGUUUGAUAAAA